AGGAAGAGCAACACAAUCUGUGUUGUUUCACUACGACACGUUAUAGUGUGACACCGUUUGAACAACGUGACCUUCUCUUGGUUUUGGACAAGCGUGAACGUCGCGAGCACAGGUGGACGGAACAACAUGUGAGACUCGAGAUGCUAACGAUACGGUUGGUUCCGUUUACAUUGUCAAAGACAGAGUGAGAGUCCAGCAAACUAUUUUUUUAAAGACUUUAAUAACUCGCUGCAGUUUAAUAUAUUGCAUCGCGAUGUUCCGGCUCUUCACUUCCCAUGGUAUUUAUGAACUCUGGAGAGGCCUCUGCUUGGCGCCGUGUGUCGCCAAGAGGCUAGUCGGAACUUCUCUCUUGGUCCGCAGCGCGGGUCGUCACCGGCCACACGUUUCUGCUGGUCACUUCCGGACUGGGAACCCGGUGUGGAAGGAUGCUCUCGAGCCAAAAAGAGAUAACCUCGAGGAAAAUCAGACACUAGAUCUGGACAAAUGGAAAUCUGUGAUGAGAGCCCAAGCAGCAUCAGAAGAGAGGCCGCAACGUGCUGAGGAAGCCAGCGAUGAUGAAGAUGGUGAAAACCUCAAAGAACCAGGUGGUGAUUCAGAGGGCAGUUCUUCCCUGGAGGCCACUCGAGAUCUGGUUGCGAUGUGGCAGCAAGCUGGGAAGCUUGUGCCACAAGAGAUGGCCGAUGAAGAGCUCCAGACGCUGGCCAAGCUCACCACCAAGUCCUCCAGGAAGAAGUACCUGAAGUACCUGGCCAUCAAGGAGGGCCACAAAAGGUCCCGUAAGGCGAAGCAGCAGCUGAAGAAGACGGAGAGGGACGCCUCGCUGGAGCAGAGGAGAAUACAGGACAACGAUUGCGAGGACGAGAAGGGACUUAAAAACACACUGUUCCUCCAGUUCUGGGGGCGCUCCCUGGACAAGCACCUGGCCUGGAGGAGUGCCCAAGCCAUGCUGUUCGGCCAGCCACUGGUGUUGGACAUGAGCUACGAGUCAAACAUGACCAGGCGGGAGUUGGACAACGCCGUAAACCAGCUGUUGGAGGUGGAAGGGUGGAAUCGACGUGCCACAGAGCCUUAUCACCUCCACUUUUGCAACCUGCAGACGGACAGCGCCUACAGGAGCGAGCUGGUCAAGCGAUACGGCGCCGAGGCCUGGGAGCGCCUGUUGGUCACCAGCACUGACCAGCAGCAUGUGGACCGGUUCCCUCGGGAACGGCUCGUGUACCUCACUGCGGACUCCCCCAACGUUCUCCGCACGUAUGACCACUCCAAGGUCUACAUCAUUGGCGCUCUGGUGGACCGGUCGAACCAGUCCGGCCUGUCGCUGGCCAAUGCUAAGCGUCUGAACCUGGCUACGGCCCGUUUACCCCUAGACGAGUUCCUCCACUGGGAGGUGGGAGCAAAAAAUCUGACUCUGGACCAGAUGAUCCGCAUCAUGCUCACUCUCAAGGAGACAGGGAAAUGGGAGGAGGCGUUGAAGUUUGUGCCCAAGAGGAAGUAUGAUGGCUUCCACCAACAGACGCAGAAAGAAAUGGCCAACAACGGAGGGAGGGUCGUCACAAACCACAGACCCAGACAGGAUGGCGACAGACCUCUGAGAGAGAGAGAAAGAAACAGCGAGCGGACUUUUAAAAAUGAUGGCCAAAGUCUUACCAGAUUCCCUAAAGAGUCUGGGUUCAGUGGGAGAGGCAGAGUGGCUGGACUGCCCGGAGACCGGGAAAACAAACCAGCGGCAACCAGAGUACGGACGUCUUUUAAGAGCCACGUAGAGGGAAGAAAAGGUGCAGGCAAAAGCAAGCUGUGGGGGGACGAUGAGUAAAGGCAACAGAAAUUGUAACUGGAUAAUAAGGACAUUAAAGUGUUGUAACAGGUAAUCACGGUGCUUACCGACUGCUUAUUAAGAACAAGACAUUAAAAAAGGUAGAAACUA